AGGUGGGAAACAUUACAGUGACGGACACCGGAAGUGAGCCCGACGUCGCUAAUGUGUUUACACACUUUCAGUAUCAGGCCAUGGCGGCUCGGAUUCAGCGCUAAAUAAAUCAAACUUAUCGUUGCAUUAAAACAUAAAGUGAAAGUAUUCGUCGAAGAUGCCGAAAGUUGUGUCCAGAAGCGUGGUGUGCUCGGACACCCGAGACCGAGAAGAGUACGACGACGGAGAGAAGCCCCUCCAUGUUUACUACUGCCUGUGCGGCCAGAUGGUGUUGGUGCUGGACUGCCAGCUGGAGAAGUUGCCCAUGAGACCCCGCGACGGCGCCCGGGUGAUCGACGGCGGUAAACACGCCCACAAGUUCUGCAACGUGGACCAGGACGAGAACACCUACAUCAGACGAGCCGAGGGCAUCGAGCGGCAGUACCGCAAAAAGUGCGGCAAAUGCGGCCUGCUGCUCUUCUACCAGCACCUGGAGAAGAACGCCCAGGCCACCUUCGUGGUGGACGGCGCGGUGGUGAAGUUCGGACAGGGCUUCGGCAACACCAGCGUCUACAGCCAGAAGCAGCCCGAAGCCCCGAAGAAGGUCCGCGUGAUGAUGACCAAGAGGACCAAAGACAUGGGCAAGUUCAGCUCCGUCACCGUGUCCACCAUCGACGAGGAGGAGGAGGAGAUCGAGGCCAGGGAGGUGGCCGACUCCUACGCCCAGAACGCCAAAGUGAUCGAGAAGCAGCUGGAGAGGAAAGGCAUGAGCAAGAGGAGGCUGCAGGAGCUGGCUGAGCUGGAGGCCAAGAGGGCCAAGAUGAAGGGCACCCUCAUUGACAAUCAGUUCAAGUAGAGCUAAAGGACUCACAAUUAUUAUUAUUUUUUGGUUUGCAUUGUUACUUCUUACUAAAAGCUAAAUAAACUAUUUUUAAAGCCUU